AUGGCGGAGAAGGCGCUGGAGGCCGUGGGCUGUGGACUAGGACCCGGGGCUGUGGCCAUGGCCGUGGCGCUGGAGGACGGGGCGGAGCCCCCGAUGCUGACCGCUCACCUGAAGAAAGUGGAGAACCACAUCACCGAAGCCCAGCGCUUCUCCCACCUCCCCAAGCGCUCAGCCGUGGACAUUGAGUUCGUGGAGCUGUCCUAUUCCGUGCGGGAGGGGCCCUGCUGGCGCAAACGGGGUUAUAAGACCCUCCUCAAGUGCCUAUCGGGUAAAUUCUGCCGCCGGGAGCUGAUUGGCAUCAUGGGCCCCUCAGGGGCUGGCAAGUCCACAUUCAUGAACAUCUUGGCAGGAUACAGGGAGUCUGGAAUGAAGGGGCAGAUCCUGGUCAACGGGAGGCCACGGGAACUGAGGACCUUCCGCAAGAUGUCCUGUUAUAUUAUGCAGGAUGACAUGCUGCUGCCACACCUCACGGUGCUGGAAGCCAUGAUGGUCUCUGCUAACCUGAAGCUGAGUGAGAAGCAAGAGGUGAAGAAGGAGCUGGUGACAGAGAUCCUGACGGCACUGGGCCUGAUGUCCUGCUCCCACACGAGGACAGCCCUGCUCUCCGGGGGGCAGAGGAAGCGCCUGGCCAUCGCCCUGGAGCUGGUUAACAACCCGCCUGUCAUGUUCUUUGAUGAGCCCACCAGUGGUCUGGACAGUGCCUCCUGUUUCCAAGUGGUGUCCCUCAUGAAGUCCCUGGCCCAGGGGGGCCGUACCAUCAUCUGCACCAUCCACCAGCCCAGUGCCAAGCUCUUCGAGAUGUUUGACAAGCUCUAUAUCCUGAGCCAGGGCCAAUGUAUCUUCAAGGGUGUGGUCACCAACCUGAUCCCCUAUCUGAAGGGGCUCGGCUUGCACUGCCCCACCUACCACAACCCGGCUGAUUUCAUCAUUGAGGUGGCCUCUGGAGAAUAUGGAGACCUGAACCCCAUGCUGUUCAGGGCUGUGCAGAAUGGGCUCUGUGCCAUGGCUGAGAAGAAGAGCAGCCCUGAGAAGAACGAGGUCCUCACCCCCUGCCCCCCUUGCCCUCCGGAAGUGGAUCCCAUCGAAAGCCACACCUUUGCCACCAGCACCCUCACACAGUUCUGCAUCCUCUUCAAGAGGACCUUCUUGUCCAUCCUCAGGGACACGGUCCUGACCCACCUACGGUUCAUGUCCCAUGUGUUGAUCGGCGUGCUCAUUGGUCUCCUCUACCUGCACAUCGGCAACGAUGCCAGCAAGGUCUUCAACAACACCGGCUGCCUCUUCUUCUCCAUGUUGUUCCUCAUGUUUGCUGCCCUUAUGCCAACCGUGCUCACCUUCUCCUUAGAGAUGGCAGUCUUCAUGAGGGAGCAUCUCAAUUACUGGUACAGUCUCAAAGCAUAUUACCUGGCCAAGACCAUGGCUGAUGUGCCCUUUCAGGUGGUGUGCCCAGUGGUGUACUGCAGCAUCGUGUACUGGAUGACAAGCCAGCCAGCGGAGACCAGCCGCUUCCUGCUCUUCUCAGCCCUGGCUACUGCCACAGCCUUGGUGGCCCAGUCUUUGGGGCUGCUGAUCGGAGCGGCCUCCAACUCCCUCCAGGUGGCCACCUUUGUGGGCCCGGUUACCGCCAUCCCUGUCCUCCUGUUCUCUGGUUUCUUUGUCAGCUUCAAGACCAUCCCCACUUACCUACAGUGGAGCUCCUACGUCUCCUACGUCAGGUAUGGCUUUGAGGGUGCCAUCCUGACCAUCUAUGGCAUGGAGCGAGGAGACCUCACCUGCUUGGAGGAACACUGCCCAUUCCAGAAGCCACAGAGUAUCCUGCGAGCACUGGAUGUGGAGGACGCCAAGCUCUACAUGGACUUCUUGGUCUUGGGCAUCUUCUUCCUGGCCCUGCGGCUGCUGGCAUACCUUGUACUCCGUUACCGGGUCAAGUCGGAGAGAUAGAGCCUUGCCCGGGCCUGCACCCCAGCCCCUGCAGCAGGAAGCCCCUAGGCCCAGCCCUUUGGGACUGUUUUAACCUUGUAGACUCGGGCACUGGUUGCUGGUGCAGCCACCCUCCCCUCUCUUGGCUCCUUCACAGGCUGGCUGUGAACUUCAGACUGCGCUCCCAGCCUUGGCCCUGGGAUCCGGGGCUCCAGCCCUCCCUGCCAUGCCCAGGGGUCUUCCCAAGUCGAUGCAGUUUGUAGCUUCCUCCCCACUCUCUCCAACAUCUGCAUGCAAAGACCACUAGGAGGCUGCCACCCUCCUUCCUGCCCUCAGCACCCUCCUCUGUUGUCUGCCUGGGAGCCCCAGGCUCUCCAGACCCCCACUUACAACUGACCAAAGUGGCCCCUCUUGGGGUCCCCACUACACAAGUGUUUGUAAACUGGGCUGUUCUAAGGUUGGGGUUCCAGGGCUGGGCCCUGGUGAGGUCCCCUGGAAAUCCCAUUUGGACGUUGGAAUAGAGCAGGGAAGGACUCUGGAAGUCUCUUCCUCCUCCUCACCUUCUCCCCACCUCAGGCCCUUGUUGGUUUAGACAAUCUGCUGGGACAGAAGCUGGGUUUUCUGUCUGGGUCAUCCCUCCCAGUCCUGGGGAUGGGAGAGGCCUAGGGCCAUGGGAUGCCCCGUCCCCCAUCCCAUCACCUUUGGUGGGGGCAGGGCCUGGUGGCACCUCUGCAAUAAUGUCUGUGUUUCUCUCCCACCUGCCACUGGAACUGGAGAAGGCACUUUAUUCUGGGGGGUGAGUGGGAGAAGACUCAAGUCUCCUUUCUCUGCUCCUGCCGCACGGUCCUGGAAUGCUCCGUCCCCUUUCCCGAGUUACAGGCACAUAGAUUCGAACAGGCGAUCUCAGCCCUACACAUACUCACUGUCCCCUAUGCCUCAGAGGAAGAGUGAUGGUGGCAUGGUGGUGGGUGCUGUUGGGAGGGCAGUGCCAACCUCCUCCUGGGGAUCCCACUUUGACUCUAAGGAUGAGGCUGGUGCUGCCCAGGGUGUCUCCAGGAUCUGCAGGUGUCUACCCCCUAGUCUUUCCUCCCUCCCAAGCCACGGGUGGCACAGGGCACUAGAUCCCUGGAGUUCAGGACCCAAUACAAGCACAAGCACGGGCAUAAAUUGGCCUUGGCCACUGCCACCCAAUGGCCCUUCUUUUGUGCGUCCAGCUGGCAUUCUCACUCCACACCCCUCCCCUAGCUGCUUGUUGCUCAUUCAAACUCCUGUCCAUGUAUCUCCUCCCUCUUCCCAUCAGCCAAGGUGGCCCCUGGGCAUCAGAGCAGCAUGCCCUAGGCACCAGGGUGACAGACAAACCUAGAGCAUGUCUGGCUUUCCUGGUGGGUCCAGGCUCAUUCUAUUUCUGAGUUCCCUUCCCUUGGGGCUCUUUCCCCCUUGUUCCUGUGCACAUAUCUCCCUACCUUCCCUCACCCUAACUUGGACUCCCCCAUCACACACAGAUGACAGUUGUAUUUGUGGGAUUUCACCCAUUAUUAAUAAAACCUAUAUUUAUACAGUA